AUGUUGCAGGUGUGUUAUAAUUUGAAAUACAAUGGUUGGACAAGACAGUGGCACGGUGAGCACAAGGUACCGUAUGCGUAUCACGGUACCCAGUGGAUUGGAUAUGACGACACAGAGAGUUUCCAAGUAAAGGUUGACUACAUCAAGUCCAAAGGACUGGGUGGCGGUAUGGUUUGGUCUCUUGAUCAAGACGAUUUCAGCAACAGCUGUGGCGAUGGGGCGUAUCCUCUGAUGAACUUAUUGCGAAGUGAGCUGUCUGGAUCACCUGUAGCUUCCACUCCUUUGCCACCAUCAUUGCAUUCCUCCUCUCAAACUGUGCCAUCCUCCUCCACUAGAUUACCUACCACCAUUCCCAGCACUGCAGUGUCGGGAUACAAACGAGUAUGUUACUUCACCAACUGGGCACAAUACAGAACUGCUCCUAUGACCUUCAAAGCGGAUGAUGUGGAUCCUUUCCUCUGCACUCAUAUCAUGUACGCUUUCGGUAAAGUCGUGGGCAACACAAUCGAUGCUUAUGAGUGGAACGACAAGGGCACCGGUGGCCAAUACGAGAAGAUAAUGAACCUGCGAUCCGUGAACCCAGACCUCAAGAUCCUGCUGGCCAUAGGUGGAUGGACUCACGGCACCGCGCCCUUCACUGCCGUGGUAGAUGACCCCAAUGACAUGGCAGCUUUUGCAAACAACGCCUUGGCCUACUUAAAAACUUACGGAUUCGACGGUCUGGAUCUGGACUGGGAGUAUCCGGGUGGUAAUGGAAGCCCUCCAGAGGACAAACAGCGUUUCACGUCUUUUGUGCAGAAACUUCGCCAAGUGUUUGACGCUGAUGGUGUAGCCAACAACCGCGCGCCUCUGUUACUGACGGCAGCUGUUGCAGCUGGCAAAAGUACAAUCGACAAAGCCUAUGAAAUUGACCUCAUCUCCAAAGAGCUAGAUUUCAUCAACCUAAUGAGCUACGAUCUUCAUGGAAGCUGGGAAGCAACCACCGGACAUCACAGUGCGCUAUUUGGCCGUGCCGGUGAAGUUGGAACUGCUGCAUAUAUGAAUGUGGAUUACGCGGUGAACUACUGGAUUAAUCUCGGUGCACCUCCAGAAAAACUGGUUUUGGGAAUGGGUUUGUAUGGCAGAUCCUUCACCCUCUCUAGUUCAAGUAAUACAGGAGUAGGAGCGCCCGCCGUAGGAGCAGGAGCGGCUGGAACGUAUACUGGAGAAGCAGGGUUGUUGGCCUAUUACGAGGCAUGUAACGUUUUCCAGUCAUUUCAAUUAAGAAGUCACUUUUGCUGA